AUAGAGUUAUCUUAGGAGCUUAUCUUACAGGCAAUUGUUCUUUAUUUUCGGUUCUACGAUUAAUUUGGUUUGAGCCAUAGUUUUCGGAAUACAGCUCGUCAGAGUCGGGAUUUAAUUUUCGUUUUUUUUUUUUAAUUUUUUUUUUUUUACAAAAGUCGAAAUUUCUUGAAAACUUUUUUUUUCUUUAUUUCGAUGCGCUAAAAUGAGAUCUAAAAGUUAACACAUGUAAAAUUUUUUUCUAUCUCGUAUUUUCUAUCUUUUUCCUGUAAAAGGUGUUAAAUGUAUUUAAAAACAUGCGAAAAAUGCUUUUUCCAAAUAACGAUAUUUUCCUCCUAUAACAAUAGUUUCUUUUGUUGUACUGAAACUAGUGUCCAAAAAUAUGAAUAUAUUGAUAAUUUUUCCCGGAUACCAAAUUACAUAAUGUUUCAAAAUAAAUCGCAACAAAGGCAGUUCGUUUGUGCUCAAAUAUAUGUAUGUCGUGCACUUCGUCCAAUCUAAAUUUCUUGUUUGAUUUGCCUUUUUUUGAAAAGUUUAUUUUUAAAACUAUUGCAAAUUUAAUCCUUAUUUAAAAAUUUAUAGAUUUAUGAUAUUAAAAUAAAUGAAAUUUUGUUUUUUUAUGAACAGACGCUUUUUAAAAUAAAAAUUUAUAUUAUAUUUGCAAACGCGAAAGUACAUACUUGCUAAUUCUAAAAAAAAAUCCGUUGACAGUCCUAAAAUUUACAGUUUCUAAUAAUUAAUUCAUGGACUAAACGUCAUCGGGCAGAAAUGAGUACAUGCAGUUGUUUUUUUCGCGAUGACAUUACAUUUUCAAACGUCAAUGCUAUCCAGAAGACCUUGUAAAUAUUUAGACCGUGAUAAUUAAUAAAUUGUCAAUCACAAACUGGAAUCAAAAUUCAAUCUGAUCUGAUUUAGGAAAUAUUACUUACUACUUAGAUUGAUUAAGAACACCAUUUAGUAAAGUUAAAAAAUAAAAAAAGAUAACGUAGCCAUGGUUCAAAAUGGAGGUGAUGCUGUCGCUGACGGGGCUGAUGAAAAAAUGCUUGGAAAUGAAGAUAAAAAUUUGAUUGGAAAAAAAGAAGAAGUUAAAUUUAUUACUGGUGAUCAGCAAAAUGGAGACGCUAAAAUUGAUAUUGGAACCAUAAAUAAGACUUUUACUGGAAUGACAAAAGAAGAAUUGAUGAAAUAUGCUAAUGAUCCAUUUUGGGUACGUUUACGUUGGAUGUUUUUCAUUUUGUUUUGGCUUGCUUGGAUAGCAAUGUUGGUUGGUGCAAUUUUAAUUAUUGUCAAUGCACCUAAAUGUUCUGCUCCAACUCCGCUUGUCUGGUAUAAACAAGGACCACAUGCGAAGUUUGGCAAAUUAGAAGAUGCAAGCGCCAAAAAUGUUGAAAUAGCUAAAAAAUUGCAAGCUAAGGGCGUUAUUUAUGAAUUGUCUCCGGAGGAUACUUAUUUAGUUAAAAAUGAUCAUGUUGAAAGUAAAAUUAAAGCCGUAAUUGAAAACUAUAAGGAUACUGAUAUUAAUGUUAUACUGGAUAUAACUCCAAAUUACGUUACAAAACAGUCUAAACUCUUUAAAGAAGCACUUGAAGACCAUCAAAAACGCACAUCAUUCUUAUGGGUUGAAAAACCAGAAGUACCUAAUAAUUGGAAAUCGAUAGUAAAUGGCACUGCUUGGGAUGAAAUCAAGCCUGGAAAUUGGAUUCUGAGUCAAUUUGGCGAAGGAAAAUAUGAUUUAAUUAUGAAUGACACAAAUGUUAAAGCAGAACUCAAUCAAGUGUUCAACGAUUUGUUAAAUAUAGGGGUUAAAGGUUUUCGUUUAAAUAAUGCAAAACACUUUCUGUUGCAUGUUGAUCUUAAAGACGAAGCGGUAAAUUCACAAACUGACAGAAAUUACCUGCAUGAUCAGUAUGGAUUUUGGACUCACACAAAAACUACUUAUCAAGAAGGACUUGGUGAUUUGUUGCAACAAUACAAUUCAUACAUUAAGAAUGUAAGUGACAACAAAGCAUUUUUAAGCGUUAACGAAGACAUGGGACGUCCAGAAGUAUUUAAAAAUUCGAAUAACGAUUUUGGCAUCGAUAUACCAAUAUAUGGUAGAUUUGCCACACAUUUAGGUGGAAGUCAUGAAAAGAACCUGUAUACGGAUCUUAAGAAUAUUUGGGAAACCGUAGGCAACUCAGCAUGGUUGCAGUGGAAUUAUGAUUUCGACAAGUACGAUCGUUUAGAUGCAUCAGCUUAUAAUGUUUUUCUAAUGCUACUACCAGGUGUUCCUGUUUUAGAUACAGCUUCUGAAAAUUUGAUGAAUAUAAGUAGCAAUACCUGGGAGCAAAUGGACAAUAUGAGGAAAUCUCCUUCGUUUAUGCAUGGAAGUUUUGAUAUGUACCAUUCAGGAACUCUAGUAGCAUAUUCAAGGAUCAAAUCAGGAAAUCCAGGUUUUUUCGUUGUAUUAAAUCCUACAGACAGUUUUGCUACUGGCAAUUUCAGUUCCAGCGGAUUACCAGAAAAAAUGACUGUCGAUCUUUUAAGUGAUGGAUAUAAUGCGACAGGUGUCGUAAUAAAGAGCAAAGUAAUGACAGAUUCCAUUCAAGUUUCUGCAAAUUCAGCUAUCAUACUAACUUACGUACCAGUUAAAAAUUAAGUUUUUGAUUAAACAUCAAAUCUUUCAAUAAUGAGAUUUCGGAUUAAAAUCAACUAUUGAAAAGAAAUUUAUACUUUUUCUUAAUAUAAGAUUGUAAUAUUGUACAACACCUUAUUCUCAAAAGUUAAAUUAAAAAAAAGUAAUACAUACAUACAAUAAAUAAAUAAUCAUGAUAAUAAAGCAAAU